AGUUCGGCUCAGUUUCGGCGCCCUGCCGUGGCCAGUUUCGCCGCCGGAGGGGCCCCCCCCUCCGCGGGAGCCAUGGCAGACCAGCUGAACACGCAGGCCUUCUGGAACGACUUCCUGCGGAGGCCCGAUGCGAGGGCGGCCUACCAAGCGGACAGGAAACUGCAGAUCAAGAAGUCGGAGUGGCUAAAGGAGAGGGACGAGUUGGAGGAGUUCGGCAACCGCCGGAAAGUUCUCGCAGACGAGCUAGAGGCCGCGCCUGCGGAUCUAAAAAAGUUGAUAGCACCCAUGUUCCACAUCAAGAUGGUGCAGCAGUUCCUCUGGAUGAUUCAAGAUUGCCAGAAGCACAAGAAGGAGAGCAUCGGCGGGCUCGGAGGACCCGCGUUCCUCGAGAAGCUUCAAGACGAGGGGACUCAGGAUCACCUCAGAAAGCUGAGGACGAACUUCCAAGAGGGUGGGGAAGAACGAAUGCAGCAAUUGCAAGACAACUGGUAUGGGAUCUGCAACGAAAUCCACCAAGAUAACCAAAAACAGGCGGACGACAAGCCAAGAGUCUGUUCCGACAUCACCACCCUCAAACAUAUCCUGGAGUACGGCCAGGAGGCUAAACGCCUGGGCAACGAGAAAUUCAAAGAGGGCCUGUACGAUGAUGCCCUCUUCAUAUACGGCCAGGGGGACGACAUGAUGAAGAAGUUCACGGUGGGGAAGCACCUCAAGAAUGAGAGCAAGUGGUACAAGGAACACCACAUCGCCUGCCUGAAAAACAAGGCCCAGGCCGCGCUGAAGUUGGAGAAGUGGCACACUGCACUGGAGGCGGCUGAGGCGGCUAUCGACCUCGACCCGAACGACCACAAGGCCUGGUUCAGGAAAGUCCUGGCGCUGAAGGGCAUCGGAAGAUUCAAGGAAGCAGAGGAGGCCCUCCUGAAGGUCGAAGAGGCUGCCAACUGGAACUGCGACAGGGUGCAGAUCCUGAAAGAUUGCGAGGCUGAGCGCAAAAAGAUCCACCUGGCUGCUGCGAAGCACAAGGUCUCAACGAAGGACAUGCUCGGCAAGGCCUUCGAGGCGGGCAUCUUUGGCGGGAAGCGCGAGAAGGAGCUGGAGGACGCCAACAGGAUAGCGGCGAAGGUGCUCCCGCCCAACCUGAACUCCAUGCUGGAGGUCGACAGGCCAGCAAAGUCCGGGGAGGCCGCGCGGCCCGUGGAGCGGAACGUCACGCUGACGGCCGAGCUCGCAGGGCACCUGGUGGACCAGCUGGCGGACGCCUACGGCGAGCCGUGGUUCCAGGAGCGCGUGCGGAAGUGCGCCCGAGACUCGCUCUACCAGCGCUCCGCCUUCGUGCCGCGCCUGGCCAGCAUCGCCCUCGAGGUGCAGAGGCCCAUCCUGGAGAGGUGGGGCUUCGAGGGCUCCCCGCACGGCGUCAAGGAGAUGACCGUGGCCAUCCGCGAGUGCGCCCACGACGGCUCCAGCGCCGGGCAGGCGAUGCCGGAGUGGCUCAAGGCCAAGCAGGACAGGUGUCUGGAGCUGCUCUACGGGGGCCGCGAGGAGGGGAUGGCGGGCGUCAUGAUGGGCAGCUAGCCCUCCAACCGCGCGCCCUCGUUCUGGUGCCGUGCGUUCGCGGCACGGGCACCCGCUCCGGUUUGGAGUGCUCGGGGGCACGGCGUCCUGGUUUCACGCGCGCCAGCCUUCGGCAGGAGGGGGUCCAGCGGCGCCGCAGCGGGCAACACACGUUUGAAGCUGGCCUGGCAGCCGUCGAGAUCUCCUCCUCCUCCUCCUCCUCUUCUUCUUCCUCCUCUUCUUCC